GGGUUGUCUCGUUAUUCUUCCUGUCUUUGCAGCUCUUCUUUCUCCUUUUUUCUCCUUCUUCGUCGUUUCCCUCCUGCCUUCUGAAAGAAAGAACGGACUCUCGAGCGACUCUGCGCAUCGGCGUCCGCUGCUUCGCGCAAGUCGCGGGAUGAGAGAGAGACAGACGGAGACAGAGGGAGACAGAGAGAGACAGAGAGAAGGUAUUUCGGCGUUCUUUCGUUUUUCGAGAGGGAGAAACGAAGUGGGGGACCAAGAACAUGUUGAAGAGAGAAGCAGAAAGGUAUGUUUCUUUCAGAAAGAGGAGGCCGAGGCGACUAGAAAACUGAAAGACGACGAGAGAAGUCGCGGCUCUCCAGUCGGACAGCUCAUCUCUUGUGGGCGCUCUCUGCCUGCGGGUCCAUGUACAUCCAGCUGACUCUCGAGAGAAAACGGAGAAAAAGCGUCCGCGUUUUCCCUCUUCUCGUUUCUCCUUCUCUUCCUCUCUCUAAGACAGUCCGUCAUUUGGCUUCUUCACCGAGUUUCUUCUCUCUCCUUCCUCCCUUCUUCUCUCCCUCUGUGUGCUGUGUCCUCGGCUGUCUCGCCACCCUGCUUUUCGCCUUUUCCUUCGUCGCUUCCUCCCUCCAUUCGUCCGUCUUUCUCCCUCCCUGUUCUUUGUCUGCGCGUCUGUCUCCUUCUCCGCUUUCGCUGUCCUUUUCGACCGUGCAACCUCUGCCUUUUUUCGAAGAUGGGCAGCGAGGCACUGUGCGUGGAGGGUAGCGUUCUCGCUGCCGCAGCUCCUCCUUUUUUAGCAGUUCACUUCCACCGCACACAUCAGCCAGCUUCCUCGCGACGUCGGCCGUCUUCUCUCUCUUCUUCAGCCACCCUGGCGGAGCUUUUUCGCGACUCGUCUUCCCUCUCUUCUCUCUCUCCUUCUCUCUCUUCUUCUCCGAGUCUCCACGGCCUCCCGCAGCCCGCGUCUUUCUCUGCUUCGUCGCCUUUCCUCUCCUUGGUCUCCCGACUGUCCUCUUCGUUCUCCUCUUCCUCCGAGGAAGUCUUUCUCUGUCCAGAAGCUGUCUUCCUCCGCAUCUACUGUCUCCUCACGAACCUCGAAGUCACCUUCCUGCCUUCCCUCUAUCCUUCUUCUCGCGCUCUCGGCACUCUCCCUGCCGCCUUCUACAACGACGGCGUCUUGCGGGGUCGAUCUCUCCAGUUUCUCCUGCAAGAAGAACGAGACCUGGACGCGCUCCUCGCGUCUUCUCUCCAGUCUUCUUCCCGCUCUUCUUCUCGUACGUCUGCUGCUUCCGCCUCUCCGGCUUCUCCCGCUUGCUCCCAGUCUUCGUUUUCGCUGUUGAAGGCGGACUCCGAGGCCUUGGCUGCAUGCAUCGAGACUAAAUUGUCGGAGGUUCUGGACUUCACACUCUGGUGCUAUGAGCCGUGCUACUCGUGCUUCACCGCUCGGGUGUACAGACACUCGCUGCCGGGUGUCUACGCACCUUUCUUCCUGCUUCAGCGUCGGCGGCAGGUCGCUGCCCGCCUCCGGGGCGUCGACUCUGUACACAUUUUACGGAGUUUUCUGGAAAUUCUCGAACGCCUGCGCAGCCUCGAACGGGAGAGAGGCUCUCAGUCUCCCGCCGCGCGUUUCCUUCUCGCUGACAACCCCACGAAAGCCGACGUAAAGCUCUACGCGUACCUCUCCGUCCUCUUCCAGAUCCCCUCCGAAUAUACGCCGUGGCACUCCGCGGGAGCCUCGCCGGAGCACAAGAAGGGAGAACGAACACCUGGAGAAACUCCGCUUUCAGCUGCUUCGCUUCGGGCAGCAAAGGAGGAAGCCAGACGAGCUUCAGGUUGUUCUUCCUCUCCGGUGGACGGGGACGUCAGCGCAGGACCGGGCGGAUGCGAGAAGAAAGGAGAGCUGUCCUCCUCUUCGGGAUCGAACUCGGAGGGGAAAGAGAAAGAAGAGAAAGAAGAGAAAGAAAAGAGCGCGAACUUUUUCUCUCGUGCGACUCUCUCCACAGGCAGCUCUCGGUCAAAGUUCUUUCGAACAAAGCAACACAAACAAGAUCUCCUUUCGCGUCUGGAGUCUCUCCUUCCUGUCGCCCAGAACUAUCUACGCAUGUUCGAUCUCUUCCUCGCCGAAACGACUUCCAAACUCAAACUCUCUUCUUCCUCUUCGUCUUCCUCUUUUUCUUCGUCUUCUUCUUCGUCGGCUUCUGGGGUGAAGAAGGUGGAGGCUUCUGCUGGCGCAGGAGUGGCGGCAACUGUGUCUCCGUUCUCUUUGCCUGCGAAAAAAGUUCUCGUCUGUCUCGAAUCUGAGGAAGGAGGCGAGAAGUGCACAGUCCCCGACGGCGAAGAAGAGAAACCGUGGAAAGACGCGUCCACGCUUCUCGCGGGUAUAGCGACAGUUGGCCUCCUUUCGCUGUGUUUGAGGUGAAGAAGCGAGGCAUUCGGUGGAUUCCUGUGUUUGCUGUGUAACGGUUUCAGGAGCUGUUGACUCUGGAUUUCAACGAAAGGAGGGGGAAGCGGAAGGGGAGCAGAAGGACGAUCAAAGCUGCUAUCUACCUUCUGGACCGUGCAGGUGUUGAAUGCAGUUUGUGGGAUGUCUUUGUCGUUUUUCUGAAUGUUCACUGCCACAACUCGUCGUAUCCCUGGCAUUUGACAGAGACGUACAUCUCCACCAUCUAAAGUUUUUGUUGACUC